AUGGCGCGUCCCUGGUUCCUGCUUCUGUUCUGUGCGCGCGCCCCAUCUCGCCGCACUCAGCUUCAGCUCGCUCGGCCCCUUCCCCGCGCUCUCGCGCCCAGCCGAAGUUUCCUGCGCGUGCUAGUCGGCCGGAGCUCCUGGCUCGUAUCCUUCCAGCUCGCCCAUCUGCGCGCAGCCGUGUCUUCAAGCUCGGUGCUCCUCUCUGCUCGGCUCCGCCGCGUCGCGUUCCCCUUCCCAGCCAUGGUGGUCGAUCCCUGCUGCGCAGCUCCUUCGGCGCCCUCCCUGCCGCAGCACACGCCCGUCGUCCUGCCUGCUCGCCGCGCGCGCUACUCCCUGUGCUCGCCGGUUUUUACUCCGGCACGCUUCCAGCGCCGUGGUCUCGCCAAGAUCCCUGUCGAGCUCGUCCCUGCGCGCGCGUUUUCUGCGCGCAUCUUCCUCAAGUCGUCGUGUGCCCAGCUUGCCCCAACUCCCGUUCUGCCACACCCUAUCCGCGAGGCGAAGAGGGCGCGGGGAGGCGCGAAGUCCACCGCCGCAGGCAGCGACAAACCACCGCCAGCUACGAAGCCGGCUGUUCUCGGGCCCAGCAAGUCUUCGGCAGGUGCGAGGGCUGUUGCCUCCAACGCGGGCAAGCCGCCCUCGGCUGAGCCAACGAAGGAGCGAAGGCCGCCGUCAUCGGUGCGCACCGACGAAGCGGCGGCGGGUGGUGCCGACUUUGACACGGACAUCUGCGUGGAUGAUUACCUCGUUGGUGAGUUUUUUUGCAACGGCAAUGAUGGACAAGGUUAUGAUGCAGGGUCAGAUGUGGGGCAACUGGCUGUUGUCCCGGGUUCGGUGGCGGACACUUUGCCUAUGGCAGCGGUUGGAGCGAAGGGUACUUCGCAGGACCCAUGGUCCAAGGUCUGCGCCAGCGGUGAGAUUUCGUCGGCCACCGCCGCUAAAGACGUGGCGGGCUCUGUGUCCCAGCAACUGAGGCAUGCGUCCGAGCAGCUGAAGCAUGCGACUGCCUUCACCGACCAUGUUGCGUCGGGCGCCCUGACUUCGGAGUUCACUGCCGAGAGGCAACGACUCGAGGGCAGGAUCGAGCGCCUCCAAGCGCAGCAUGCGGAUGCUGCUCGAGACAAGUCAGCUGCGGAAAACAGGAGCCGCAGGCUGUCGGAGAGGUUGGUGGCUGCGGAGGCCGAGAAGGAGGAUCUCAUGCGCCAGUUGGCGGAGGAGAGGAGGGAUGCAAAUAGAGCCUGUGCUGAGGCGCAGGCUGCACAAGCCAAGGCCAAACUUGCGCGGGCAAAGGGCAGUCUCGCCCGCCAACGCGUCGAGGAGAUGGAGACGAGGCUCGGCGGCCUGCGUGACCGCUUAGACAAGAUGGAGGCCUCGACGCGCGUGGAGGUCGAGCGGACGCAUUCGCAGCUUGUGGACGCGUACUGGGAGCUGGGUGCACGGACCGCUCCCUUCGAAGCGCCUGGUCAAGAUGUGGGCCUCUGCUUCCUUGGGUGGCUACAGGAGGAGCUGGAGGUGCUCUCGACAAUUUUGACGGGCCUCAUGUCCUUCGCCUCCCUCGUCACCUGUGAGGGGGGCGUGAAUGCCUUGUCCCGGGAGGGAUGCGGGCACUUCGAGGUCUUCGACCAGUCGGACAAAGGCUUCGAGCGUGAAAUCUUCCAGGUCGAGGACCCGGAAUUGAAGCGGCUGGCUGGGGCGCUUUUUGACAUGAUGUGGGGCCCUUACGGCCGAGAGACUGUUCGGGAGAGGUCUGACCGGGCGCUGGAUCAGAUGGCGCAUGAUGAAGAGGUCGAGGACCUCGGUGAUCUGGUUCCAACGUUUGGGCCUGUGCAAGCAACCGCUGCUGGUAAUACUGAUUUUGUGGCGGCCGCAACCGUUGUGCCUGCCGAUAAUAAUUUAUUUGGCUCUGGAUCUGAGUGUUUUGAGUCUGAUGGUGAGUCUGGGAGUUCGUUUUCGUGGACGGAGGAGUCCUCGGAUGAAGGCUUGGAUUAUUUUGCUGCGUUAGAUGUGGCCGUAGCGGAGUCUUCACCACGUGCGAAGGUUGGCGAGGCUGCUGAUCCUCCUGGCGCGAGUGCUGAGCACAGGCGGCGAAGGGUGGUGUCAAAGCAUAGUGUGGGUGAGUUUUAG